AUGUUCAGCUUUAAUUUCCGUCGAAACUUUGAGUCGUUGAAUUCAGCGUUCACUAAAUUCAUGCCAAAGAGAUCGUUCAACAUGUGCGGUUUAAAGUACAUACGAGAACCUUUACAACCACUGAAGCGAUGUCCACGAUGGGUUUGUGUAGAAGAUGCAGUGAAAAUUAUAAAUUCAGAACAUUUAGUUUUUAUACAAGGAGGUGCAGCGACGCCUAACGAACUGAUACGCGCCAUGACGGAACACGGUGUUUGCAAUAAUCUACGUGGGGUACGAUUAAUUCAUAUGGGUCUCGAAGGAGAUGCGCCAUUUGCAAGUCCUGAAUUCGAGAAACACUUUAGAUCCAUAAGUUUUUACAUUGGAGCUAAUCUUAGGGAAGCGGUUAACGAAGGUAGAGCAGACUAUAUUCCAAUAUUUCUCCACGAGGUACCGAAACUUUUUUAUGAAAGAAGAAUCAUACCGGAUGUCGCGUUGAUUCAUGUUAGCGUGCCAGAUGCUCGUGGCUUUUGUUCCCUUGGCGUUAGCGUGGAUUGCACGCGUGCAGCUCUUAGCACGGCUAAAGUGAUAAUUGCCCAGGUCAAUGAACAUAUGCCGAGAUCAUUUGGGGACACAGUGAUUCAUUCCAGUCAUAUUGAUUGGGCCGUGAAGUACGACUGCCCUUUACCAUGCGUGGCGAGUACCCCGCCAAAUGAAAUUGAAGCAGAGAUUGGCAAGAUUAUAGCGCAGAGGCUAGUCGAUGAUGGGGCGACAUUACAGCUCGGUAUAGGCAACAUACCGGAUGCAGUCCUCUGUUCUCUUGGGAAUCACAAAGACCUUGGCGUACACACGGAGAUUAUGGGCGACACAAUGGUAGAUCUCGCGGAACGCGGAAACAUUACUAAUAAAAUGAAGCCUAAGCAUAGGGGACGUAUGGUUAGUUCUUUGGCAAUUGGUACCAAACGGGUGUACGACUUUUUGCACAAUAAUCCAUUUGUAGAACUGCUUACAAUCAACUAUGUCAACGAUCCUCGAGUAAUAUCCCAACAGCCGAAAAUGACUGCCAUUAAUUCCUGCAUAGAAAUGGACAUUACUGGUCAAAUAUGUUCAGACAGUUUGGGCUGUAAGUUGUAUUCCGGUUUUGGUGGGCAACUCGAUUUCAUUCGAGGUGCUGCAAUGGGUCAAGAUGGACGGGGGAAGGCUGUGAUAGCUUUCCCGUCGGUUACAAGCAAAGGGGAAAGUAAAAUCCAGCCUGUACUUAAAGUUGGUGCCGGGGUUGUAGUAACAAGAGCACACGCACAUUAUAUUGUAACGGAGCACGGAAUAGCGCAACUUUUUGGUAAAACGUUACGUCAAAGAGCAAACGCGUUGAUUCAGAUUGCUCAUCCUGAUCAUAGAGAAUGUCUCGAGAAGGCUGCAUACGACAGACUCAAAACUAAUCCGACAAAAUAUUUGUAA